ACACUUUGUUUACAAAUUCUAAGCAAGUCUUUUAAGGAGCUUUAAUGUAGAUUAACCUGUGCAUAAAUGAUGAGUUGUAUUUGGAUAUAAUUCGCAGUACUAUGCAACCAAUCGACACAAGUUUUUUGCAUAAUCAUUGAAUUAGGUAACUCUCGAGUGCGCGGAACUGACAAACGAUGAUGCGAAUUUCUAACUUGGGAUAUUUCAAAAGGCGAUGCUUGAUACUGAUAAAAGUCCCCGUGUCUUUUGCAUCUUUUCUUCUUUUCUCUCUCUCUCUUUCUUUCUUUAACUUACAUUAAUGAUCGACUAUCAAUUAGUUUAUGAUACCAUUCAAAAACAUAUAGAAAAAUAUGUACUUGAACCCACAGGCUUAGAGUCCUCGGCCGCCAAGAAACUCGCAAUCCAAUUGGGUGUUUCUACUACCAUUGUUUACUUCUUUUUUAAAAUGAUUGUGUAUCGUCUAUACCUGCAUCCACUCAAUCGUCUUCCAGGGCCCAAAGUAGGAUGGGUUCCGUUUAUGGGCAAUUUCCCACAGAUCCUGCGAGAAGAAGCCGGCGUAACACACAAACGCUGGACCGAAAAAUAUGGUGGUAUUUACGUUUAUCAUGGCCAAUGGAAUAUUCCUCGACUUAUAGUCACUGACGAUACGCUUUUGAAACAAAUUUUGACUACGCAAGAAUAUGAUUUCACAAAGACACCUGAAGCAUCCAAGUUUCUUGAGCGUAUUCUCGGUAAUGGCUUAUUGAUCUCGGAAGGCGAAACACAUCGCCAUCAACGUAGAAUGCUCAAUCCUGCUUUCUCAGUCAACUCAUUACGUGAACUAUUACCUCUAAUGGCCAAACCCGGUCAUCUGCUUCGAGACGUUUGGAUGGAAAAGAUUCAUAACGAUCAAGACAGUAAGGUUAAGACAGAGGAUGGUCAAGAACUUACCGAAAUCGAGGUCUCAAGUGGUCUUUCAUUAGCUACCUUGGAUGUUAUUGGUUGGGCUUUUGGUCAGGAUUUCAAAUCGCUUGAAUUUGCAGGCACGCCUCAUCAAAGUAAAUUGAGUCAGGCCUAUCUCCAUAUUUUCUCCAACGACAUUAGUAUUAUGCGAAUUUUGACACUUGUGUUCCCAUUCUUGCGCAAGUUUCCAACACAGAGAAACAGGCAAACAAAUUUGUAUUUGAAAUGGUUGGAAGAAGAGAGUCGAAAGUUGGUUACCAAAGGUAUUGAACAGAGAAAAGCCCAAGAUAAGACAGAAAAUGCACCAAAAAACCUUUUGGCUACUAUGGUCGACUUAAUCGACGAAGAGACUGGUAAAGGUUUUACUGUGGAGGAACUGAGAAAUCAAUGUUUGACAUUCUUGGCUGCUGGACAUGAAACUACUAGUGUCAGUUUAAGCUGGUGUCUUUGGUUAUUGGCUAAAAAUCAAACCAUUCAAGACGAAUUAAGAGCUGAAGUACGCACUCUCUUUAAAGAAGACAAUUAUAUCCCUUCUUAUGAUGAGUUAAAUGCACUGCCUUUGUUGAACAAUGUUGUGCGUGAAACACUUCGUUUAAUUCCUCCCGUUCCUACUACAAGCCGUCAAUCGCGUGUACCUACCGUACUUGGUUCCUACGUAAUUCCUGCAGGAACCACCGUCUUUUUAUCUCCUAUUGUACUACACCACUCAAAAUCCAUCUGGGGCGAAGAUGCAGAAGAAUUUAACCCCUCCCGUUGGAACAGACCAGACAAGCUUGGUAACACAUACCAAUACAUGCCAUUCUUGGCUGGUGGUCGUAUGUGCAUUGGAUACAAGUUUGCCUUGAUUGAAUUCAAGCUUCUGUUGUCUAUUUUAAUCAAAAAUAUUCAGUAUUUUGAAAAGCCUGACCUCAAGAUUGUCAAGAAGCAGCAACUGACUCUGAGACCUUCUCCUAAUAUGAUUCUUUGGAUGAGACAUAUAUAACGCCUUUACAUGAUACACUAUUCCUUUCUUUGUCCUCUUGUACUAUAUAUGCUAUGAAACUUUGUUUAUCUACUAUUAAAAAAACAAAAACAUAUUCUUUCUUUCUGUAAAAAAAA